AUGGUGUCCCUCUGGGCCAGAAUCGUUGCCGUGUUCCAGUUCAUUCUUCUCUCUCCGCCCAGAGAACAAUGGCCUGACCAGCAUCCACUGUCCGUCUCUACUAAGGCAUCCGAGCCCGCCCAGCCGAGUCUCCUUGCUGACGAACGCUUGCCCCCGAAGCCGUUCCUCCCUCCCUCGGCACCAAGAGGCUCCGACUUUCGCUGUGAGUAUCCGAAGCUAAAGGACUACAAGUUCUGUUCCACGUAUGGUGAUCGGUCCUGCUGGCUCAAGCACCCGGAUCCUAAGAAACUAUCGUACAAUAUCAACACCGACUACGAGAACUUUUACCCCGAGGGCAUCACACGCAAGUACUAUAUCGAAAUCAACAACAAAACCAUUUCGCCAGAUGGAGUGCCACGGGCGGCGAUGCUCGUGAAUGGCACUUACCCAGGACCAUGGAUUGAAGCAUGCUGGGGUGACUGGCUGGAGAUCACGGUGAAUAAUACUCUUCCAACCAAUGGCACAACAAUUCACUGGCAUGGAAUCCGCCAGUUGCACACAACCGCCAACGAUGGGGUCAACGCCAUCACGCAAUGUCCGAUCGCUCCCGGCCAGACUUUCACUUACAAGUUCAGAGCUAUGCAGUACGGCACAUCCUGGUAUCACAGCCAUUACAGUCUGCAGUACGGUGAUGGCGUGUUGGGCCCCUUGACGAUACACGGUCCAUCCUCAGCAGACUUUGACGAGGCACAACCUCCAGUGUUGAUGAGCGACUGGUCUCACCUGCCGUGGUAUACUGCAUGGUGGAACUCUAUUCUGAAUGGAAAGCGGCCAGCUGACCCGGAAAACAUCCUGGUUGGUGGCAAAGGGACCUGGCCAGCCGGCCUCCCAAGCAAGGAGUUUCGGCUCGAUUUCGUCAGGGGGAGACGCUAUUUGCUUCGCCUCAUCAACACUUCAGUGGAUACGACCUUUGUUUUCUCCAUUGACAAUCACAAGAUUCAGGUAGUCGGGGCCGAUUUUGUUCCAAUUGUACCAUACAUGACAGACCAUGUGGUAGUCGGAAUCGGACAGCGGUACCAUAUCAUUGUUACAGCAAAUCCCAUGGACGGCAACGACGAUGCUUCUUACUGGAUUCGAACCAUACCAGCCGCUGGUUGUAGUCCAGCCGGGAUGAAAGUCGAUAACCGGACCGGUGUCGUAGCAUACAACAAGGCGAAGGACCCCGUCGACUAUCCUCUUACCUUCAGCACCGAGUGUCGUGAUGAGCCAUACGCGAAGCUGGUGCCGGUACUCAACUGGACGGUCGGGUCGCCCUCCAACAUUGCGGCCGAUAGCCAGUUCGACAUUGGCUUUGACAAUAUCACGGCAGGCUCUCUCUGGCCCGCAAGUAUCCAGACAGGACGUUGGAACAUGUAUAGCGACACCAUGUGGCUGGAUUUCUCCAACAUUACGCUCGCGCAGAAUCUCAAUGCUUCGCAAAAGCAAUUUAAUAGCCAUUCAGUGGUCGUGAAGCAGGAUUCUUCGACCGAGGACAGUUGGGUCUAUUUCCUCGUGUCCGGCACGGGAAUCCCGCGCUCCGGCCGGCAAUACUUCCCACUUGCUCACCCCAUCCAUCUGCACGGUCAUGAUUUUGCGAUUCUACAGCAAUCCACCAAGCCGUACCAGAUUGGCGGGUUGAACCUGAACUUGAAGAACCCGCCACGGCGGGACGUGGCGUUGCUGCCUGCCAGCGGCUUCCUGGUGCUGGCGUUCAAGGCCGACAACCCCGGGAUCUGGCUGAUGCACUGCCACAUUGCAGUUCACGCAUCAGGCGGGCUGGCAAUGCAGAUCGUCGAGAACGGGGCCAGAGUGCAGCUCGAUCCCUUUGACCAGAAACAGCUGCGGGACACCUGUCAGAAAUGGGACGAAUGGGUGGCAAAGAACCAUUUCCUUCAGGAUGACUCCGGAAUCUGA